GUGAACUUGAAAAGGGAGAAACGGGUCUUUCGUUAUAUGUAAAGGAGUGGGCUUUGCAAUUAUCGAACUAACAACUUUCGUUUCUUCUUGAAUGAAUGUAAUCCUGCUUUUGACUUCUUCGACUUGCACACUAUAUGCAGUGCUGGAGUGGCCAGGAGACGUUUCACCAAGUGUGUUGAAGUCCUCUACUGGUUUAGACGUCUCUAAACUUUCUCCAAAAAAGUGGGGUUCUUCUGGAACCUCGAGCACUGCACUGGUUGCUCUUCUGGGUGGAGUCUCUUAUCUGCUUUCUCAAGGGAUUGAUAUCAGGCCUAACCUUGCUGCCAUACUAGGCCUAGCCCUUUUAGACUCUAUUUUCCUUGGGGGUACAUUUUUAGCUUUAAUUUCAAAUUACUGGCCUCCGUAUAGUCGUUGGAUGCUAGUUUAUGAAGCAGGCCACCUCCUUGUUGGUAUCGUACCUUAUGGGUUGCGCAAUUCAUGGAGUUUAGAUCCAAUUGCUGCAACGCAAAUGGGCAUCCAAGGGCAGGCUGGAACUCAGUUUUGGGAUGAGAAAAUGAGUAAUGAGCUGGCUCAAUGACGGUUGAUUGGCUCUGCCUUUGACAGAUUGGUAUAACGAGGUGGUGUCUGAUGUUUGAUGCUGCCUAAAAAGUUAAAUAUUCUUUCCGUAGGUUGUUAUUACUCAUGUCUCUGACAAUCAGUUUUUGGAAAUACUGGCUACAAACUCUAAGAAAAUUUACUGACGUAA